AUGACGCCCAAGCGAGUAAGAACUGUUGAAGGUUCGUGUUGGUUGUGCAAAGAUCGCAGGGUCAUAUGCGAUUUGCAACAACCUCAUUGCUCUAGAUGCGUGUCAAAAGGACUGCCAUGUGAAUAUGGUGAAGUUCGUCUACGAUGGUGUAAUGGUGUGGCAGCACGGGGCCGUUUUGCUGGUCAGAACUUGCCUAUAUCAGUGCCACGGAAAGGGUGGAAAAGAAAAUAUAAGCAGGAAGGCUCAUUCGAAGAAACCGAGUCGUCCGAACAGCACAACUAUGACGAAGGAAGCCCCGAUUCUCAGCAACUUGCGCUAGUAAAUUGCAAUAACUUACCACUGGGGCGAAUUCAAUCACCUGUGACAGUGGAGCACUUAAUGCUCUAUUUCGAGAAUGUUGUGGUCGACCGUUUCAGUUUGUCUACAGAGCGGGUAUCAAUCAAUCUGGCCUCCGUAUACAAGGAGCCGGCACUUCGUCACUCUGUGAGUGCUGUUGCGAAUGCACAUCGAGUUAUCUCCCUAUGUUCCGAUCGCCAGGACGUAUUUAUGGCUAAGAAGGAGGCUCGUUUAAAAGCUAUUCGCAAUUUUCGCGAGCUUCUGGAAGAGCCGAAUCCGCUGCGAAUGUCCAAAGCUUCUGCUCUCGAUCUUUUCAUGGCCAACGUCCUACUUUGCAUCUUGGACGGGGUAAUCGAUCCACACGACGAGAGUGCCGCUACUUACAUCCAUUAUCGUGGUGGAAGAGCAAUUCUCGGUCAAUUGGGGCUUCAAAAACAGUUGUUCCAGCAAAAGCGCGGCUUGCCAGCUUUGAUGCUGUCUGUUUUUGUAACAAUGGACUUGACAUUUUCAAUGCUAAGUGGCGAGAUGCAUUACUUUCAACCAGAGACAUGGGCUAGCUAUUCCGACUGCGAUGGGUGGUGGGGAGUCCUUCAAGAAGGUGACCCUUUUUUGGAAAUCAUGUAUAUUUUAUCGCGCCUGGCUCAGUUAGGGUACCUCGUACGCAAAGGCAAUGACCCCACCUGCGCUGGUUUUAAUGAGGAACUGGGUACUCUUUUGAUAGCGCUGCGUGGCCACACUUUGUAUGAUAUAUCCUACGCCACCGAAGACGAUAUGAGCGAAUCGAAAGAGUUAUUAGCUGGGCCGCUAUUAGCUUUACUGGACUCAUCACAACGCCAUUUGAAUCCGGACCAAUCGUGGGUUGUCUUCUGCAUCGCAUACCGCAUAACGGGCCUAAUAUACACGUAUCGCGUCUUCUACGGACUGGACGUUUCUGAUCCACUGGUGCAAGAUGCCACGCGCUUGGGAAUACAAGCCAUCUGCAAUUCCCGGCUAACGGGCAAGUUAUCACAUUGUUUGCUCUUCCCAGCGCUUGUGAUUGGGAGCCAUUGCCGCACAAAGGAGGAUCAAACUGCGAUUGUGAACACGAUGAACUCCACGGCAGCUUUUCUACGGUUUGGGUCUCUUCGUGUGAUGAAAAAUUUUCUUGAUCAAGUAUGGACGCAAGACUUGGGAAUGCAGACCUGGUGGGAAUGUUUUGAACCCAUUUCCAAAGAGGCAUUCCUAUUUUGA